GAAGAAGAAGAAGAAGAAGACCGCAGCUAAACACGAGCAAACGGAACUCAGACUCCGUCGGGAUCCUCGUGGACAGCGUUCUGUUCGCUGAUUGGUUGUCAGCGUAUGAGCCGUUGAUACGAGCAGCAGCAGCACACUUCAGUCAGCAGCACGCCUAGAGCUGCUUCAGUCCGACCUCACCUGAGCAGGUGAACCGAGCUCUCGAGUAUCAAACAGACUCACGGUGACCCGGGACCUCGCCCGCGCACAUCAGGUGUUCUGCCAUGCCUGUCAAACGGGAGGACGUCCUGAAGGAUGAAAAUCUGAUCAAAAACAUAGAGGAGGUAGCAAAAGACACAGCACUUUUACAUGGGGUGUUGAUGAGGACCAAAGAGACGCCAAACUCUCCUGAAGUGGUGAGUUAUGCACCGUUCACGUUGUUUCCCACACCGGUGCCCUCAGCACUCUUUCAUCAGGCUCUGGCAGUACAGACACAUUUUAACCGGCUGGUGGACCGGGUCAGCCAGAAUCCUGGCUUCCUAGAGGAAACUCUGGCCAGCACCAUCAAAGUUGACAAUUUUACAGCAAGACUUUUCAACAUAUACAAACAAGUUCAGCACGAACAUCAUCCCCAGUCAAUAGUGCUGGGCUUGAAUCGUUCAGACUACAUGUUGGACCACAGUCCAGACGGUGGGACGUCUUUGAAGCAGAUUGAAAUCAACACUAUUGCUGCAAGUUUUGGUGGUCUUGCUUCACGGACACCGGAUGUCCAUCGGCACAUUCUGAAGGUCGCAAACCUGCCAGAGGAGUGUAAUAAUGUGCUCGACAACAACCCAGCAGCAGGUCUGGCCAGAGGUUUGGCCAAAGCCUGGGAGCUCUAUGGAUCUGAGAGGGCAGUGGUUAUGUUUCUGGUCGAGGACGUUCAGAGGAAUAUUUAUGACCAUCGAUAUGUUGAGAAUGAGCUGUGGAAAAGAAAUAUUCCUGUAAUAAGAAGACAGUUUGAAGAUGUUUGCCGAACUGGAUCCCUGGAUGAGAGCAAGAGGCUCUUUGUAGAUGGUCGUGAGGUCGCCAUUGUCUACUUCCGUAACGGAUACAUGCCCCAAAACUACACUUCAGAGAAGAGCUGGGAGGCCCGUCUGAUGAUGGAGCGCUCUCUGGCUGUGAAGUGUCCAGACAUCAGCACCCAUCUCGCCGGUACUAAGAAGGUGCAGCAGGAAUUGGCCCGGCGGGGGGUUCUGGAGUGCUUCUUCCCUGACGAACCUGAAACAGUUGCUCAGAUUCGGGCCACUUUCGCUGGGCUGUACACCCUGGACAUGGGAGAAGAAGGUGAUAAAACCGUAGCAAUGGCUUUGGCCAAUCCAGACCGGUAUGUGCUGAAGCCUCAGAGGGAGGGAGGUGGUAACAACAUUUACGGCAGUGAGAUCUGUGAAGUGCUGGAGAACUUGAAGAACUCCACUGAGAGGACGGCUUACAUCCUGAUGGACAAGAUCCAGCCCGUUCCGGUCCAGAACUACCUGCUCCGGUCCGGAGGUCCUCUGAGACUGAACUCUUGUCUGAGUGAACUGGGCGUGUUUGGAGCAUAUGUCAGGAAAGGCAAAGACAUGGUGUUUAAUGAGUGCGUGGGCCACCUGCUGAGGACCAAGAGCUCAGAGCAUGCUGAUGGGGGAGUGGCUGCAGGAGUAGCAGUACUGGACAACCCACUGCUGGUGUGAACUACAGUACCACCUACUGGACCAUACGGCUGACGUCAGGGGAAUUCAUCAUCCCCCUGAUUGAUUUUCUACCUGGCAUCUGUUUUAUCAAAGGUUUAGUGUGUUAAAUAUCUCCUACAGAUGCAGUAAUCAAUGGGGAGCACUUAUGACUGACCUGCUUCAUACCUCAUUCCAGGGUUAAUCUGUUGAAGUGUGUGAGAAGUAAUCAUUGAUGUUUUAUAAAAUAGAUAUAUAUAUUUUUUUUUGGUUACUUUAACUGGUAAUGGUUUUAUUAAACUACACUGGUAGCCAACUUCCAUGACCAGACACAAU